AUGUCGUACCUCGAGAAGCAAAAGGCCGGCUUCAGCAGCUCCCUCGCCUCGGCGUCGGGCAAGCUGAGCGUCAAGACGUCUGCCUUCACGCCGACGCCGGCGCCGGUCAAGAAAGAGCCGAAGCGCAAGAUCCCCGUGGACGGCGACGACAACAUCAACACGAUCAUCCUGCUCAUGACGUACAUCCACGAGUACCUGCGCGCGCAGACGGAGCCGAAAAAGGCGCAGGACAUCAUCGACAAUCUCGAAAAGGAGGGCCACCUGCGCAACCCCAGCUUGUCCAAGUGCCAGCGCAUCAUCGACGUGCUGCGGCACCAGACGGUCGUCCAGUUCAAGGCCGACCCGUCGCUGACGGAGCAGAAGUGGGACUCGGGCACGUACUUCUACCUCGGCAAGCUCGGCGGCAUCAAGGACAAGAUCGGCCUGCUGGGCCACCUGCAGGCGAAGAGCAGCAUGGAGCCGCUGCUGUACAAGGAGCUCAAGGAGGGGUGGCCGCAGUGCGACGCCGCGCUCGCCGAGCUCAAGCGCGAGAACAAGAUCAUCACCGUCGAGGACAAGAAGACGAUCAAGCACAUCUUCAUCGACGACCCGACGCUGCGCCACACGGUCGAAGACGAUUUCAAAAACAUGUGGAAGCGCGUCGUCGUGCCGAGCAACGACGAUAUUGUUAAGAAGCUCGUCGCGGCCGGGCAGAAGCCGGCGAGCGCCGACCCGAACCUCGUCAAAAAGAUCGACACGAAGAAGAUCAAGAAGAGGGCGAACCGGCGGUCGGCCAUGACGACCAAUGUGCACAUGCAGCAUCUGCUCAAGGAUUUCAGCGGCGGCAAGAAAUGA